AUGUCGUUGACCACAGAGGUUGAUGUAAAAGCUGUUGAAAGGCUGAAGGAUGUCUAUAGUGAUCUUUGUCAAGUACCAAUUGCUACUUCUGGAAGAAUCGUUAAAAAUGGAUCUAUCAUUGAAGUUGCUUCCACUUGGGACAACAGAGACUUGGCAAUGAAAAAAAUUGCAAGAAACCAAAGACUCACUGUCCUAGAAAGAGCGGAUACAGGAAAAGAACAUAAAGUCUUGGCAAGUUCCUCCUUGCCACUUCUGAACACAGAGGCCCAAGCAAUUCGAUUUUCUGGCAGUGGAUCUAAGGUCGCUCAUUUGUUCACAGUAACUGAAGGAAAAGACAAGAAGCAAUUCCUUAAAAUCACUGAUCAGAAUGAUCACAUCGAAGUUUUGAGUACUGACCUGACUUCUCAAAAGAAACAUGGCAUCAUAUACAGUCUCGGUUCUGAGCCGUUUGGAACACUUCAAUUUUCCAACGGAGAAGGCCAUAUCCUCUAUGCAGCUGAAACUUUAGCCAAGUCAUCUCAGUAUUUCGAUGGAGAGCUUGAUUGGUCUAAUGAAGAAAAAAUUCUUGAGAGUAAUGUGGGUGAGAAGUAUGAGCUAGUCGAUUCGUGGGGCGAGGCAUGUUUCGAUGUGAAACAGCCUGUCCUCUGCCUGGCUGAUCUUUCUAGUGGAAACGUCACAGUUCUGGAUCAAAUUGGACCACAAAUAUCGCCAGGCUAUGCUAUCUGGGCGCCUCAGGACAAAGGAGUGGUUUUCUUCGGCCUGGACAACGAACCUUUCAAAAUUGGAAAAAUUUACUGCAAUAACAGACCAGGUUCUAUGUAUUAUUAUGAGUUAGAAACUGCGAAAUUGACUCAGAUAGGUAGUUCUGGCAUUUCUGCCGAAUCACCUAUCUUCAGCCCGGAUGGGUCUAAGCUAUACUACUUCCAGAGAGCUUCUGACGGUCCUCAUCAGGCGGUUUCUGAGCUAGUUUCCGUACCCUGGCCAUACGAUGGAUCAAAACCAACUACAGUCAUACCAAUUGUGAACUCUUGUGACAUCAAUGAGUUCCCAGGAUUUUCUUUCGCACGAGUUGCAACCCGCUCGUUUACUAGUGACGGUAAACGUCUCGUCGUAGGUCUUGCUUGGAACAGUAGAAUGGAAAUUGUUGUUGUUGAUGUUAACAACGGAGGGAUAAGGAAGAUUACGAACUUUGGACAAUGUCAUGGCUCUUGGGUUCCAUUGGACGUGAGUGGUGAUGAUGUUCUAGCUGUUGUUUCGGCUCCUAAUCGCCCUCCCACAAUGCUUUUGGGUUCUUUACCUGUACCAGGAGAAGAAGACAAGAUGGUAUGGACUCGUCUUGACAAAUGCAGUAUCAUGGAGAGAAAAAGAAGCCUUCUGAACUACUCCUGGAAUUUUGUCGGUUUCCAGAGGGAAGAUAAAACACCUUAUGAGGGAAUUCUUAUCGUUCCUAAUGAACGUGAAAAAGAAUGUCCCCUUGUGGUAUAUCCUCACGGUGGCCCACAUGGAAUUUCCUUGGCUAUAUGGCCACGCCGAGAUGUUUCUCUUCUUCUGAAUGCUGGUUUCGCCGUCCUCACGGUUAAUUAUCAUGGAUCUAUCGGAUUCGGAGAUAACUUUGUUCGUUCACUUCCUGGUCACUGUGGGGACCUUGAUGUGAAAGAUGUUCAUCAUGCUGCUGAAACAGUACUUGCCGGAGAACCUUAUUUGGAUAAGAACAAAGUGUUCCUCUUCGGAGGAUCGCAUGGUGGAUUUCUAGUGUCUCAUUUGAUCGGCCAAUACCCCAAUUUCUACAGAGCAUGUGUCGCUCUGAAUCCCGUUCUGAAUGUGCUAGCUAUGCACGAAAUCACUGAUAUUCCUGAAUGGACUGUGGUCGAGGGUACUGGAGAAUAUCCAGAUUGGACCAAAGUUUUGACUAGCGAACAACAAAUGAAAAUGUUCAAUAGUUCACCGAUCGCCCAUGUCGAAAAAGUCGUAACUCCAUAUUUGCUUCUGAUCGGAGAAAAAGAUUUACGCGUGGUGCCUCACUUCAGGGCAUUCAUUCGCAACUUGAAGGCAAGAAAUAUUCCUUGCAAGGUUUUGUCUUAUCCACCAUCCUGUCACCCGUUGGAAGAAGUAGAAGUUGAGGCUGAUUAUUCUAUAAAUAUGAUCCGCUGGUUCCGUAAAUACUCUAUGUGA